AUGGCCAAUCUCAUGAUCAUACCCACUAACCUGACUGCCCGCAUGUCCUCGGCAGAACCGCCAACGUCCAAAGAUGUACCGGCACUGCACAGCCCCUCGGGCAAGGUCUUCUCCAUCCAGGUAAUGGUGACCGACAAAGUCCACGUUAGGCCCUGGACACACGCCGUGUACGUCGGUGAGGGUGCUGCCAACGUCUUGUUCGUUGCAUUUCUCUACACAAAGUACGAACGGCAGCACGAAGCCGACAGAACCGAGGCUGACCUGUUGACCAAAUUCUUGCUGAGAGUGCCAAAAAAGGACAAGGACCCCUCUAAGCCGUUCUACCAUCCAGGAGAGCAGUACAGGUUCUUUUGGGAAAAGAUUGCCCCCCUGUUCAGCUACCGUGCCGACAUGUUGGCCGAGGUGACGUGCGCACGGAUUCACUCGGACGCCGUCUGGCACUUACACAAAGUACUGGACGCCCUGGACAAGGCACCACCGGGGGCGCAAUCGCGGCCAGCCAAGUUUCGGGGAGAUGAGAUUGCCGGCUGGGACCUGCUCCUCAUGGUGGAAAGCAUGCGUGCGAGAAGCGAAGACGAGCGCGUCGUCGAGUUCAAGCCCAAGUGGCUGGCUCAGUCGCCAUCGGCCCCGAAAGACGCAAACACGUGCAGAUGUUGCGCCCUCGCCGCCAGGAAGUUCGCCAGCAACAAAGACCGGAACAUGGACCCCCGGGAAUACCCAUGCCCGCUGUGGCUGGAUCCCGAGCGAGUAGCACCCGGUGGCAGAGAGGUUGUGCGGCAAAAGGCCAUCGCACGCUUGUUCCAGAACAGCAGCUUCGAAGACAACAAGCACGCCUCUGCGCUCUACGAGUUGCUGAAGAAAACCACCGUCCUUGAGCUUUUGAAAGCACACCAGAUGGCCAAGGACACCCGCGGUCCUCUGCUCGCGCGCAAAGAUGACGAAGAAUUCAGCACAGCCAUGACGCUGCGCGAUUGCUCCCUCUACAUGCGGUACAGGAUCCGGAAGGUCAACGGCCAGGAGACUGUCGUGACGGAGUCCUUCGAGGCGAAACUCGCCGACCUCGACAAGAAGAACGCCGCCUGGAAGUUGACCGAGUGGCAGGAUAAGGAACGGGCCUUGAUCGACGAGGGCUGGUAUACGGGUCGCGGGAAGAUGAAGAACUGCGCCCUCCAGAGAUGA